AUGUGUGAAGUACUGAAUGGGGGUGUUGCCGCUGUACGUCCUUUCCCUUCUCUUGCGGAUGUAAAUGGUUUGGCAAUAAGAGGGUACCCAUUCCAUGUCCUGUCGGCCGAGAAACUGGCACCUGUCGAGCAGGCGAAGGUCAUCACUUUGGCUCUGAUAGACGGGAAGAUCCCUGAUGUGAAGAAUGACACAUUCGCAGGGUUUUCCCGUCUGAGCAAGCUCUCCCUAGAUUCUAACAGGUUGACGAAUGUCAAGCAGAGCUGGUUCAGUGGGUUGAAGAAUCUUCUGUCGCUUACUUUGUCCAACAACAACAUCAAGCAGAUAGAGCCAGGGAGCUUCGUGCACCUGACUCGCCUGCAUCUGUUGGAUCUAGAGAACAACCUGUUACAGGUUGUAGACCCUUCCUGGUUCUGUGGACCAAAAGGGGGAUUCACCCUGAUGCUGAGGUCAAAUGCAAUCAACAGCAUCUCCCCGGGGUCAUUCCAAAAUGUUCGGCUGGUCACGUUAGACCUGAGGGAUAACGAUCUGUCAUCUUUGGAUGGAGAGGUGUUGUGGGGACAGCCUUGGCUGACACGGCUGGAUAUCAGCAGUGGUGUGUUGUCGUCUGUGUAUGAUGCAAUCCCACACGAAAUGAUGUGGAACCUACGUCGGUCAGCCCAGUUCAAGAGAGAGUCAGUAACAGCGCUUGUUGAGGUGCCCAAGUUCCUCUUCUGUGCCAGACACGAUGCUCGUGAACUCUCGUUUGGGUGGGUGUUUGUUUCAUCGGGCAUCGUGGCUGGUAACACCGACUUUGGAUCGGUCAACCCUGGCAGAUCAUGUGGUGAUGUGAAUAGUUCUCUGAGCACUAUCUCCAUCCAGUCCCCCGUAGUUGUCCUGGCCACCGACGGCUCUCUGGCAGACAAACUGGACACCAAGACGCUUGAACAGUGCAGGCAGGUUUGGGAAUACGAUGGGGGCAUUACAGUGCCCCCUGGGGGAAACUCGUUCUUCCGACUGGUUUCCAUGGCCAAAAAGAGUGCUAACUCUGAAGAUGUUGCCAUGUCAUUUUUCCAGACACAAGACACAAGCACACACACCACCACAGAGUCUGGCAGCAUCACAAGGCACACCACAAACACUAACAUCCCACAUGGCAACACAGAGAACAUCAGCUGCAUUCUUGUCACCAGAGAUGAACACACAAAGUUGUUCUUCACUGUUCCCUCGCUCCAUCAUCAGACACACACAACACAAACCACUUACCGAACGGGUACUGACCAUUCCAGCAGCCCGACACACCACUGUGGAACUACAGAGAAAGACACAUCUUUGGGACCUGUAGACCAGUCCACACCUCAGGUGAGUACCACACCUGUGCCAGAUCUAGAGGUGGUUCAGUCACCAGGUCAUGUUCUCAUCCCAGUUGUGGUCUCGGCAGUGGUCCUUCUGGUUGGGUUGUCCCUUGCAGUGAUAUGGAAGAUUUGCGCAGAAAGGUUAAAGGGGGAGAAUGAAAGGGCCAGCGCUAGCGAUGAUGCACACAUUUGGACCAUCCCGCCUGGCGUUACCUUCCCCGGCUUGCUGAGGUCUGCCUCCCUCCCUGCACGUUCAGGCAAGAUGGCGUCGGAUGACGCAGUCUCACGUAGGUCAUUGCCGGCUGUCCUGUGUUCCAUCGAACCUACUUACAGUGAGAUCCCAGAUGACGCCACCUACAGCCAGAUCCCAGAUCACAUGGCCGCUGCCCAGCGUCCCCUGCCUGCCCUCCCGCUCACAUGCUGGGAGACCCCAGACCACAUGACCGCUGCACAGCACCCCUUGCCUGUCCUACCACAUACCUACAGUGUGAUCCCAGAUGAUGGGGACAGUGGACCAAUGCCUUUCUAUGCCGAUCCUGGAGAGAUUUCGCUUCAUGUCGUCACAAACAGGCGACAGAACCGACGGUCUGAACGAUCCAUGGCCACAUAUGGAUCAACUGGACAGACCGGCGGCCAGGGGAAGCGAAAUCUCUUCUACAGAAGGGCCUCCGAGGUCGAGUGUAUAAGAGCCCGUCGACAGUUGAGGACAGCCCCGGUAUCCCAGUCUGCUGACCAAGCUGUGAGGACGUACGUUAAUGUCACAGAUGCCAUCCUGUCCGGAGGACAUGAUGUCAAUAGGGCUCAUAUCACCUUCCUCACACAGCCUCACACAUACCGGUCAUGGGAGAUCCCAGGGGAGGGAAACUGUAUCGUACCACGGCGUGUGUCCCUCCCCACCGUCACACUACCUAACACCUACUGGCCAUGGGAGAUCCCAGGGGAGGGAACAAGUAACACACCACGGCGUGUGUCCCUCCCCACCGUCACACUACCUAACACCUACUGGCCAUGGGAGAUCCCAGGGGAGGGAACCCCUAACACACCACGGCGUGUGUCCCUCUCCACCGUCACACUACCUAACACCUACUGGCCAUGGGAGAUCCCAGGGGAGGGAACCCGUAACACACCACGGCGUGCGUCCCUCCCCACCGUCACACUACCUAACACCUACUGGCCAUGGGAGAUCCCAGGGGAGGGAACCCGUAACACACCACGGCGUGCGUCCCUCCCCACCGUCACACUACCUAACACCUACUGGCCAUGGGAGAUCCCAGGGGAGGGAACCCGUAACACACCACGGCGUGCGUCCCUCCCCACCGUCACACUACCUAACACCUACUGGCCAUGGGAGAUCCCAGGGGAGGGAACCCGUAACACACCACGGCGUGCGUCCCUCCCCACCGUCACACUACCUAACACCUACUGGCCAUGGGAGAUCCCAGGGGAGGGAACCCGUAACACACCACGGCGUGCGUCCCUCCCCACCGUCACACUACCUAACACCUACUGGCCAUGGGAGAUCCCAGGGGAGGGAACCCGUAACACACCACGGCGUGCGUCCCUCCCCACCGUCACACUACCUAACACCUACUGGCCAUGGGAGAUCCCAGGGGAGGGAACCCGUAACACACCACGGCGUGCGUCCCUCCCCACCGUCACACUACCUAACACCUACUGGCCAUGGGAGAUCCCAGGGGAGGGAACCCGUAACACACCACGGCGUGCGUCCCUCCCCACCGUCACACUACCUAACACCUACUGGCCAUGGGAGAUCCCAGGGGAGGGAACCCGUAACACACCACGGCGUGCGUCCCUCCCCACCGUCACACUACCUAACACCUACUGGCCAUGGGAGAUCCCAGGGGAGGGGACCCGUAACACACCACGGCGUGCGCCCCUCCCCACCGUCACACUACCUAACACCUACUGGCCAUGGGAGAUCCCAGGGGAGGGAACCCAUAACACACCACGGCGUGUGUCCCUCCCCACCGUCACACUACCUAACUCCUACUGGCCAUGGGAGAUCCCAGGGGAGGGAAACUGUAUCGUACCACGGCGUGUGUCCCUCCCCACCGUCACACUACCUAACACCUACUGGCCAUGGGAGAUCCCAGGGGAGGGAACAAGUAACACACCACGGCGUGUGUCCCUCCCCACCGUCACACUACCUAACACCUACUGGCCAUGGGAGAUCCCAGGGGAGGGAACCCAAAACAUACAACAGCGUGCGUCCCUCUCCCUCACACCUAACACCUACUGGCCAUGGGAGAUCCCAGGGGAAGGACUCAGUAAUACAGCAUAG